AAUCUACACAUUUUGAUUUCAAGUCAAACGCAAAAUUUUUCUUGAAACAGUUGUAUGUGAAUGAAUUAGUCGUUAAUUGUGACAAGUUAAGUUGUCAGCUGUAUCUCACCUAUUCCUUUUUUUUUGUUCUUUUUUAGAUUUAAACCGCUCAGUGCAUGAUUUUCAUGUUCUUUUGUAUUUCACGAAUUUAUUUUUAAAAAAGUAUAUUUUGCAGGAAGAGGCGACUUAAUUAUCUCUGUAGCGCAGACAGAGCAAUUUCCAUGUGCCAAUGUUCAAAAGACCGCGAACUUUUAUUGACGUCAUCUUCAUCUGCUUCGCCUCCCUGUGCUCUUUGGUCAUUUGGAGACGUUUUCGAAAUGAAAUUUACGACACUGCGACAGGUCAGCGGGUACUAACUCUGCACGAUUCCAACAACACUAACAACUACUCAAAGAACCUCGCCUCCUUCAAUCCCACGGACGACCUGGUACUGAACGACGGUGUAUUAUGGGAUGUCAAAGGCAAACGGGUUAUACACAAGUUUGACAAGUUUAACAACUUUGUAAGAAUCAGGCGAGCACCGACGAAAGCGUUUGCCGGGUAUACGAAGUUGGGCGGCUGCGUAGGGCUGAUGACGAGGACGAGCAGGAAUCCGACGAAGGUGGCGAGGAAGAUGACUAUGUCGAUGACGAUGAUGAUGAGAAUGAUGAUGAUGACGAUGAGGAUGAUGAUGAUGACGACGAAAUUGAAAUCACGAUAUCUGGCGAUGAUGAUUCGGAUGAUGACAGUGAUAUUGCAAUCUUUUGAAGCGCGGCUUUUAAGUUUCCAUCUUUCAGUUGUUAAUUCAACUCAACAAUGAGCACGUCAUUCUGCUAUGUUUUUAUCUUUGAAAAAUGUAUGUGUAUCACACAAUUUGGGAAUGAUAGUUUAAGCUUGGAGUUGAGCUUGUUGACGGCGGAGUUUUAUGUAAAUUGCUAUGUAGCAGAAAGUAGAAGUCAUCAUCGAAAAAGUUACACCCAUGUUACUGAUUAUCAAAUAAAUAGAAAGGAUGGAAUGGUUUGUUAUUCCUCUUGUAAUGUAAACAAGCCAACAAAGGACUAAAGUUACUCUUACUCGCCACAGAGUUACUACUUGUCGAUAUAUUAGCCCAAGUGAAACAGCUAAAAGUCUGCCUAUAUUUAUUGCAGUCACUGUGAGAACAGACACGCCACAGAAAAUGACCCCCAAGGUUCGGUUGAUGAGCGAGCUAUGGUAACAAUUUGCAGAGUGUUCUUGGGAAAUUGCGUAAGCAAGAUGAAACGGCUGGAAACUGAGUCCAACGGUGAUAUCAGUGCAUGCAAGAUUACUGAACAAACAUUUUGAUGGUUGAUGAAGGGAAGAAUCUUGCAGAGAGGGAAAAGAAUGAGACCAUUUCCCACAAUGGCUUCAAUGAAAAUUAUGAGAUCAAUGACGAAACAAACAUAAUAAGACUUCGAUCAUAUACGCCCGUGAAGCAACGAAAUUGAUCGAUUCUUGUUUGGUUUGUAUUUUCCGUCAGGUUCUCCAUGUUAUUUUAUAGCAGUUACCACUCUCAUUGCUAAAGGCGUUGAGAACUCUCCUCUUGAAGACCACACAACAUCCAAAGAACGAAUCUAGUUUCCGAAAUGAGCAGGUGGUGAUAUUUAAGUCUCUCUAGCCAUUUAAGACUGUCAACUGCAGAAGGGGGGGGUUUCUAUAUUCAAGAAAAACAAAGUUGAAGUGUUUUCGGUCAAUAUCAUUUUGUUUUCUUUUCCUAUGGUGAUUUUCCAAUAUUUCCUGUGGCUUAUUUUUUCAUUUUUACUUCAAAAGAAGCAUGGAGGUAAUUGUUUCUUUUCAGCUGGCUAUUUGCGGUGGUAAAACUGUUUUUCCGCACACUACAGCCUACUCCUUUCAAAGCAAAUUUAAUUAAUUUUAAAGUUGUGUUUUCUCUUCAGUUCCUAAUCGAAUUCAUUCAGAGGAAAAAGUGAUAUCGAGCUAGGAUUUUCACGAAUAUUUUUCAGCCUUGCGCUUAUGUUUUUCGCCAAGUUAAAGAGUACCACUACUCACUAACAUAUUUUGACGUGCCGGCAAAUUGGCUCUGGCUAAUGAGUUCUGAAUUUAGGGAACACACUCGCGGCAAAGUAAUUAAUUUUUCUGUUACGAAUAAUAGGGAACUGGCAUACGGUAGCCAGUUUACUUUAUCAACUCAGUUGAUAACAUUAAAUUAAAUUUGAAUCUCUUUCUUUAGUGCUGGAAGUUCAGAGAAGUGAGAAUUGCAGUAAAGAAGACAAUCAGAGCGUUUUGUUGUUGUUUGUAGCUCAAGGAUGCCUUUAUUUUAUGAGAAUUGACCUCAAUGUUCUUAAACAUCAGUAUAUUAUGCAAAUUUUUUUUAUCUAAAAAGCACUUGCUCAUCAUAAAGGAACCACAAAUAUGUUACCUUAAAAACAAAACAAGCAUAGCUAAGAAGGACAAAGACACACAUGGGUCAGGAACUGAAAAGAAAAGCUGACUUGUUGAGGAAGCUCUACAAAGUAUCGGUGAAAAAUAACUCGCAGAUUCUACGUCAUUUAGUUUGUUAAAUAAAUGUGGCACCCGCUCACUAAA